AUGACCCUUCAAGAAAUGGUGCUUCAAGCUGCUGCCCUUUACUCUGACCGAACAGCUGUCUGUUUUGAUGGAUGUAGUAAUCAACGUUCAGUUUAUUAUACCUACAAAUCUGUGGUUAAUAUUGCCUCAGAAUUAUCUAGCUUUUUGCAACUACACUGCAAUUUUGAAGGGAUCCAUGAAAUUGGCCUCUUCUGCUAUCCAGGAAUAAAUUUACCAUCUUGGAUUUUGGGCAUUCUGCAAGUUCCUGCUGCAUAUUCUCCUAUUGAUCCAGAUGUACCACCAGAAUUAUCAGCUUAUUUUAUGAAAAAAUGUAACCUCAAGUAUAUCCUUGUUGAAAAAAACCAAGUUGAUAAAUUCAAAUCUUCUUAUGAAACUUGGUUAAAGAAUGAUACCAUCACAGUAGACCAUACUGGUGUGACACUUUUUGAACUUCACUGGAAUGAUAUUGAUGUAAACUUGAUGCUACAUGAUAAAAAAGAGAACCAUGGAAAGGAAAAAAUGAAUAAUUACAUCAGUUUUUUGAACAGCAAUGAAGAAAAAGCUAAGAAAUACAUGGAUGUCAGAUUACAGCAUUGUUUAGCUUAUGUUCUGCACACUUCAGGAACUACAGGAAUUCCUAAAAUUGUCAGAGUGCCUCAUUCAUGUAUAGUACCAAAUAUUCAACAUCUGCAGACACUUUUUGAGAUCAGCCAAGAAGAUAUUCUUUUCAUGGCUUCACCUUUGACAUUUGAUCCAUCUGUUGUAGAGAUAUUUCUUGCUUUGACAAGUGGAGCAUCUCUGCUUAUAGUUCCAAAUGCUGUUAAAAUGUUGCCAUCAAAGUUAGCUACUGUUCUAUUUAACCACCACCGAGUAACAGUUUUGCAGGCUACACCAACACUGCUUAGAAGAUUUGGAUCUCAGCUCAUCAAAUCAUCUGUUUUAUCAGCUACUACUUCACUUCGUGUAUUAGCCCUUGGUGGUGAAGCAUUCCCAUCAUUGAGUGUCCUCAGAAGCUGGAGGGAAGAAGGCAAUAAAACUCAAGUAUUUAAUGUUUAUGGUAUCACAGAGGUGUCCAGCUGGGCAACAUGUUACAGGAUUCCAGAAGAGGAUCUUUGCUCCACUUUGGGAGUUGAGUCUCCUGUGCAAUUGGGAUUUCCACUGCUUGGAACAGUAGUCGAAGUCAGAGACACUAAUGGUUUGACAGUUCAAGAAGGAGAAGGCCAAGUUUUUUUAGGUGGUGAGAAGCGGGUAUGUUUUCUUGAUGAUGAAACAACUCUACCUUUUGGCACAAUGAGAGCAACUGGUGAUUUUGUUACUGUGAAGGGUGAAGCAAUGUUUUUCUUGGGUCGGCAAGACAGUCAGAUCAAACGUCACGGCAAACGUAUUAACAUUGAAUUUGUACAGCAGGUUGCUGAAGGAAUUUGUCAAGUAGAAGCCUGUUCAGUUAUAUGGUAUCAUCAGGAAAGAUUAAUUCUGUUCGUGGUGACCAAAGAUGAUUUAGGGAAGGAUCACAUUUUAGGAGAACUUCAAAAACAUCUUCCAAGUUAUGCAAUUCCAGAUGACAUUCUUAUGAUUGAAGCUUUACCGUUUACAUCUCAUGGCAAAAUUGAUGUGUCUGAGUUAACCAAGAUUUACUUUAACUAUAUAAAUUUGAAACCUCACAGUAAGCUCAAAGGAAAAGAGGAACUGUGGGAGAGAUUACAGAACUUAUGGAAGUCUUCUCUACGACUUCUGGAAGAUCCUUUGGAAGUUCCCAAAGAUUCACUGUUCCUUAGUAAUGGUGGUGAUUCCUUAAAGUCCCUUUGGUUCAGUAAUGAAAUUGAGAAUAUGGUAGGCAGAUCGAUACCUGGACUUCUGGAAGUUAUUCUCAGUUGCUCCAUCUUAGAUAUAUACAAUUACAUUCUCCAAGCAAUGUUUCCUGGUGAAGAUAUACCAUUCAGUAGGAGUUAUUGCACAAAAAGAAAAUUCAGUGAAUUGAAUGGAGAAGAAAUCAAUGGCAGAUAUGUAGAUCAGAAACCUGGAAAGCCUGUGAAUUCUGGCGAAGAGCAGAAUACUUUUAUUGCGUUGAGCAGAGGGAAUCAGAUUUUGUUUGUGAAUGUCCACGAGUCUUUAAAAAAUUCCCUAAGUAUGGGACAGAGAGGAACUGAGAUAGGAAAACAUCCUUCAACAUCUCAUGAUUUAAUUUCAUGGGAAGAGACAAAACCAAGUUUUGUUCAAAAUAUGACAAAUGAAAGCUCCUUAACAGUUAUGGGGAAGAUGGAUAGCACAGAAGAGAUCAGUUCUAUCCCCCAAAUUUCUGAAGAUGAGAAUUCUGUUAGAGCAUCUGAGAAAAUGAAGUUAUGUGUCAAGUGGAAGUCAGACACCGGCAAAUGUGUGGAUGCUUCACCUCUCAUUGCAGUAUUACCUCUCAAACAGUUAUCUGCAACUGUCUACAUUGGAUCCCAUUCUCAUAGGAUACAAGCAAUUGAUCUCUAUUCUGGGAAAGUGAAAUGGGAACAGAUCUUGGGAGAUCGCAUAGAAUCCUCAGCUUGUCUCUCUCAUUGUGGAAAUUUCAUUAUAGUGGGCUGCUAUAAUGGUUUAAUUUAUGUGCUCAGAAGCAAUAAUGGAAAAAUACAUUGGAUUUUUGCCACCAAGGAUGCCAUUAAAAGCUCUGCAACCAUGGAUCCAUCCACAGGUCUUAUAUAUGUGGGAUCUCACGACCAUCAUGUAUAUGCUUUGGAUAUUUACAAGGAGACCUGUGUUUGGAAGUUACCUUGUGAAGGAACUGUCUUUUCUUCACCAUGUCUGAACCUGGUUCCAUAUCACUUAUAUAUUGCUACACUUCAAGGACUUCUAUUGGCUUUAAAUCCAGCUACUGGAAAUAGACUUUGGACAUAUUCCUGUGGAAAACCUCUUUUCUCUUCCCCUCAGUGCAGCUUGCAAUAUGUUUCUGUUGGUUGUGUGGAUGGGAAUUUAUACUGCUUUAACCACAUGGGACAACUGGUUUGGCAGGUCUCUACUAAUGGACCAGUCUUUUCAUCCCCGUGCAUCUCUUGUUCAACUAAGCAAGAAAUCUUUUUUGGCUCCCAUGAUUGCUUUGUCUACUGUUAUAAUAUGGAAGGACAUUUCCAGUGGAAAUUUGAAGCAACUGCAAGUAUAUAUGCAACACCAUUUACUUUCCAUAAUCACAAUCUGAGCAGUGAAAUGCUACUAGCAGCAGCAUCUACUGAUGGGAAACUAUGGAUUUUGGAUGCUAAAAAGGGACAGUUAGAAACAGUAUAUAAGCUUCCUGGAGAAGUUUUCUCAUCUCCUGUGGUCUGGCAAUCAAUGCUUAUCAUUGGGUGUCGAGAUAAUUAUGUUUACUGUCUAGAUUUGUUGGCUGUUACUGAAAAAUAAUAACCAUCCAAAACAACCAGCUUCCGGUCCCUCUUCAGUGUUUUUAUCAAUACCAAAUUGAUAGAAAUGUUUUUUUUUUUUAACAUGUACACAGAGUUGUGCUUAGGUACUGUCCCUAUCAAAGAUAUUUUGGUUAAAAAAUAAAUAAAAAAUUAUUCACUAUGUGAUACAGAGAGUGGGGCAUAACAGUCAACAAAAAACUUACAAUAUUCUGAUCCAAAAAGAAAAUGAAUCUGGCUAGAAUGACUUUUGUGUUAGGCAGUCUGUCCUUACUGGCUUGAUCUUUUAUGCAGGGAUUAUACACCUUUUGGCUGGUAAAGGUCCCAAAUUUAAUACAACAAAUGAUUGAAAUUUAUGAUUAUUAUAAGUGGUUUGCCUUUACAUUAGCCGAGUGUAUGUGCUUCAUCCCCACGGCUGUAGCAAUUAUUCUGUCUCUGGCACUUCAUGACAAUCUCAAAAGUGGUUCUGACUCACCUAUACAAUUACUUCAAGGCAUCUUCUCCAAAAUCUGAUACUGAAUCCACGGAACUAGUAGAAAACAUCAAGCUACUGUUCCAGGUGUUGAAACAAAUCUGAGAGGGCAAAGAGCUAGACAAACACAUGAUCCCACAAUUAGAGAUAGUGGAAUCCAAAUUUCUAGGCUAAAAGAAC